AUGGCAUCUCUCUGGCCUGGGAAGCCUUCCACAGACUCCCUGAAAGACAUCGCAGAUGUUGCAGACACUGGGCUCGCAGAUGUAGGCCUUCCAGCUCCUCAACAACCUUCGAGCACGCCCAUGGGACGUCCUCAGCUCCAGCGCAAUCAGCCGCAGCCGCCCCCUCCACACCAACCUCCUCCCCCUCCUGCGCCCCAAGCUGGCAAUCCCAAUGAUUCCCUCUCGCUGAUGCAACUGCGACGGAUCGUCACCGAAUUCCCAAAGAUAGAUCCAACCUCCUACGCCUUCACAUAUGCCGACUCCUCAUCGUUCGAAGAGGAAGUGGACGAAUGGUUCUCCUACAAUGAUGCCGAAUACAAGCGGUUACAGCGCGCCCAAGAUACCUUCGAGAGGCGAUGGCAGAAGUUUUCUAGCAAGCCAUGGCUGGAGACGGACGAGGCAGAACAGCAGAAAUUUAUUGAACGAGAAGUCAAUGGCCUCCUUGCUACGGAUUUAAGGAGAAGGUGCAAGAGCCUGCAGACUAUAUUACACAUCAUACUGGGCGUAUGGGACGAGACAGCUGGUGUUAAGGGGUCCGGAACCGAUGCGGAGGUAGCGAAAGCCAAAACGAAAGCUACACCGACACAACUUGAGCACAUGAAAUCAGGCAUAAAGGCUGUUGCAAGGUUUGGUGGCAUUUCGUUGCUGGUACAGGUCAUGCAAAAUGCGUUCAAGAGGUUAUGGGAUGAUGACUUCAGAGAGACAAAGCUUCUAGAAGAAGAUAUCCUUUUCAUACAAGAUGAGUUGGAUAAUGUUACCACAAUCAUAUAUUUGGUCAUCGAGGGAAUCAGGAAUGAUCCAGUUGGCUUGGACGGUGCACGGUCGAAAGUCUUAGAAAUGAAUCCUGGGCUUGUGGAUUAUUUUGUAACCAUUACAGCCAGGCUUCGAUGGGACGAGGCAAAUGAGCUUCCACAAACAAGAAUCUUCUUACUGUUCUGGAAGUCAAUACUGCUUGUUUUCGGCGGCACACCAGAAAUCGACGUAGUCAAGAAGGCCACGAGCGAGUUCAAGCACCUUGACGGAGAUGGCGGUAAAUUGAUUACAGCCUCACCUCUCGAUUAUCACAUAUUCCGUCAAGAGAUAACCUCGAAGUACCCCGCAUAUACUCCACCUCCGCCCUUACUAGCCCUCGAGCCUGAUAACAAUUCGAUUCUUCCGCCACUCCCCAAUCGACCAAGCAGAGCAAACGGUGCCAAUGGCAUCAUACCACCACCUAUGAACGUCAACAGCAGUGGCGCAUCUAUUCUUCAUCAGCCUGUUCAUAUUGCAACACCAGCCCCAUCACCACCUCCCUCGCCACCAGUCGGCGGAAAGGCUGGAAAGAAACAAAACUAUCAAACAAAUCAAAACUUCCCUUUCAUGUACCCACCAUUGGACAGUACCAGUAACAGUGCUGGAGGUAAGGGCUCAGCUGGCUUGCAGGAGUUUCUUGUAGGACGAAAAUGGGAAGGAAGCGAUAUACCCAAGUCAAUUCUCGAAGCAGGUGAUCUUUUCUCCAAACGAAUGAGGAUGACAAGAGCUAUGCGCCAAUUAUGGGAUGAACGCGAGAGAUUUUUGAAGUCUGAAAGAGGAUGGGACGGGCAAGAUGAUGACAUCGAGGAACUCGACCUUGAUACUAUCCUGUCAAAAAAGCUCUCACUGAAUGAGCCAAAGCGUGUGCGACCUGAAGUCGAUUAUGGUCCAAAUCUCGACAUUCCAGAAGAGGUUAAGCAAAAGCUGGAUCUGGUGGAACUGUUUUACCAAGAUUCCCUCCCUCAUCUUCAAUCACUUGUCAUCGUAUUACUAAAAGCAGUCUUGGCAAACGUUACGGCAUUAAUCACACAACCGAUGGCACAACAACCAGGUCUUGCUCCCGGUUUCAGAUCUGAGGUUAACCUUCGUACUGGCGUUCCGGCUCAGAAUAGGCAGCAGGAUCCGGCAAACAUUCCUCUCCCGAUGGCAGUCGACCCGUCGGAACUGCCAAUCGAUGAAAUUGAGGCCCUCCGUUCGCGAGAGAUCACUGCAAAAGCAGUGUCUGGCAUUCUUCUCAUCUUGCUAAAGUGGUUCAAGGUUUCCAACAUCUUGAAGUUUGAGUACCUUACGCAGCUUCUCCUAGACUCGAAUUAUCUUCCUCUUGUCCUGAAACUGUUCGCACAUCAGGAAAUAGAUAAGGUUGUCGACAACAAAACAGAUCGCGAUGAGAUGAGUUUCUUCGCCUUCUGUAACGCAAACAGUAAACAAGCCGCAAAACAACUUCAAUUAGACCGCGAGGGCGAAGAAAGUGAGGAUGAGGCAGCUCCACCGCCAAUCAAAAUGCGCCGAGAGCUACCUGUUGCCGGCGCAGAGGACAAACUGCCAGCGCUCACAUUCCAAGAAGGUCAACACGCAGGCAAGCGUCCAAUGCCAGAAGUUGAUGAACUUGGCUAUCCAACCAGCGAGCCACCAUCCGAACCCAUCACCGAAUUCUCAUGGAGAAACUUCUUUUCAUCCAUAAAUUUUCUGCGAGUCAUGCAAAAAAUAUGCAAAAACAAAGCUCAUCGCAAUCUUCUCCUCGUACAAUACAAAUCUUCAAAUAUCCUCAAGAAGUCAUUAAAGAUACCCCAACCCGAGCUCCGCCUUUACACCUUGAAGCUUUUCAAGAAUCAAGUCCCUUAUUGUGGUCGCAAAUGGCGACAAGGAAACAUGCGCGUCAUUACAGCAGUCUAUCUGCACUGUCGACCGGAACUGCGCGAUGACUGGCUUGCCGGCAGUGAUGUAGAUGCUGAAGUCGAGGAGGCACUACCUCUUGAACAAGCUUUACGCGCAUUAACCCACUGGCACAAUAUCAAACGAUAUCCCGACCAGAUGGGCGCCGACACAAAACUCCUCGAAGAAGAACACGAUUUCUUCGUUCGUGAAUUGGAGAAAAUGGAAUGGAUUGAUGAUGGCAUCGGAGAAGGAGAGAGCGUGGCGGACAGCGGUUGGGACGGGGUCAAUAAUGGGUGGUGA